AUGAUUGAGCCAUUGAGAGGAUUCAAAGAUGGCUACCUAAUGUCCCUUAACUUAGGGACACCCCCACAGGUUGUCCAAGUGUUCAUGGACACUGGAAGUGAUCUCACUUGGGUCCCUUGUGGCAAUUUCUCCUUUGAAUGUAUGCAAUGUGAUGAUUUCAUGAACAACAAGCUUGUUUCCUCAUUCUAUCCUUCUCUUUCAUCUUCAUCUUUUAGGGACACAUGCACAAGCCCCUUGUGCACCAACAUUCAUAGUUCCGACAACACUUUCGAUCCAUGCGCCAUCGCCGGUUGCUCGCUUACUACCAUUAUCAAGAGCACAUGCCCUAGACCAUGCCCUUCCUUCUCUUACACUUAUGGUGGUGGAGGGUUGGUCAUAGGGAGCCUUAAUAGAGACACACUUAGGGUUCAUGGCAGUGGUGGUGACCUUAAAGAAGUCUCAAGCUUUUGUUUUGGUUGUGUUAGUUCAGCCUUUAAGGAACCUUUAGGACUUGUAGGGUUUGGCAAGGGUUUGCUAUCUUUUCCUUCUCAAGUAGGGUUUGUCCAUAAGGGUUUUUCUCAUUGCUUUUUAGGGUUUAAGCUCUCCAACAACCCAAACUUCACAAGCCCUUUGAUCAUUGGUGACCUUGCUACCACUUCAAGAGAUGGGGUUCACUUCACUCCCAUGCUUUCGAAUCCAAUAUAUCCAAACUUAUACUACAUUGGGUUAGAGAGCAUCACAGUGAUUACCAAUGGCAAUGGCAACACUUCUUCUUCUUCUUCUUCUUCUUCUUCUUCUUCUUCUUCAUCUUCUUCUUCUUCUUCUUCUCUUCAACUUCAAGUGCCUUUAAACUUGAAGAGUUUCGACUCCGGAGGGAACGGCGGCAUGCUUAUUGAUUCCGGUACAACGUAUACUCACCUACCGGAACCUCUAUACUCUCAACUACUAUCAGAGUUGAGCUCAAAGAUAAGUUACAAGAGAUGCAGUGACAUUGAAGCGACAAGUGGGUUUGAUCUUUGUUUUAAAGUUCCUGUUUCUGAUGAAGUUGCAGGGGCGAUGUUGCCUGAUAUAAGUUUGAGGUUUUUGAAUGAUGUGGAGCUUGUUUUGCCUAAAGAGAGUUGUUAUUAUGCAAUUAGUGCUCCAAAAGAGAAGAUGGUUGUCAAAUGUUUAUUAUUUCAGAGAAUGGAUCAGGAUGAUGGAGAAGGUUAUGGACCUGCAGGGGUUUUUGGGAGUUUUCAGCAGCAAAAUGUGGAGGUUGUGUAUGAUUUGGAGAAGGAGAGGAUUGGGUUCUUGCCUGUGGAUUGUGCUUCCUCUGCUGCUUCCCAUGGACUUAUUCAUUAG